AUGCUUUGUUUGUGGUUCUGGAUUUUCUUUUUUACUUCUUUAUUUUUUCCAUUUAUUUAUUUGUGUUGUACUGUAUUUAGCUCAAUGGAUGUUGCGGAAGCAGAUUGGAUUUUGGAGCGUUCUCCACCCGAUGCUCUCAACAGGGCGAUUUCGACAGUAUUUCGUCGUCUUUUGGCGAAUAUUGUAUUGGAACCUGAAAAUCCAAAGUAUCAUGUAGUCCGAGAAGAGAAUAAGUUUAUCCGUGAUACAUUAAACCCACUGCCAAACAGUGUAGUAGAAGCCUUAUUCGCAGGCAUAGGGUUUAAGCGAACGCAAAAAGCCAAUUCAGAGACAAUUUAUGUUUUUACAGGAAAUACUGAAAAUAUCAAGGAGGCAGAUUAUUUUCUAUCGCACUUGGAAGAUCGUAUAGAAAAAGGACAGAGAAAAGAAGCAGAAAUGCAUUUCGUUCCACCAGAAACUAAAGUAAAUCGAGAACGAGAAGAAAGACGCCAGCAAGUUCUUCAAGAAAUCCAACGGGAUGCGGAAAAACGUCAGGGUGAGACAACUGGGAGCGAACCCCCAACCCUUAUAAAUGCCUUUUAUCCCGGUGACUACACAUUGGUGGAGAACCUAAUAGAAAAAUCGAGGCGAACUCUUCUAAGUACAGGAAGAGUGCGAAAUUUUCUCUUUGAAGGACGACACUUUACCUUGCGACGUAUGGCUCAUGGAAGGGUAUAUGUAUGUAAAGAAGGAUGUGGAACAGAUUUUCUGGAGGCGCAUUGGCAUCUUUUUACCGGAAAGAAUUUGAUGUACUCCUAUGUGGCUCAUCUGUCACCAGAUGCAUCUGCCAUGAUGCAUCUUGGAGUUGAGCAUGGUUAUCAGUACAACUCUUUGCCAGGCACAAAAAACUUUCGAAGAACAGUUCAUUUUAGCGCUAAACGAAUAAAUGAGACGAAUGGCUUACUGGAAUAUAUCGAACACCCUGAUCGGCCUUCGGAAACAUGUAUUUAUUGUGGCAAACCCUUUUCAGAGUUGUUUCUUUGA